AUGUGCAGUGAAAUUCGGAUACAGAUUAAAGUUUCCAACAAUCAUUGUUGCAGUGUGACGAGGAUAGGUCGAUAUCUGGAACUGAACCUGGAUCUAUCUGCCAUACUCAUCGUAACUCUAUCCAAUACCUCCACUCCACACCUCCACCCCUCCACCCCCACACUCCGACCCCCACCCAACCCCCACAACCCACCCACCCCACUCCACACCUCCACCCCUCCAACGCUACCCCAACCACCCCGCCAAACCCCCUCCCCUCCAUCCCCAAAACCCCCACACAACCACAUCCCCACCCCACCCCACCCCCACCCCAUCCCCCACCAGACCCCCAACCACACCCCCACAACCACCCCACCACACCCUCUCCCCUCCAUCCCACAAACCCCCCACACACACACAACCACACCCCCAACUCGACAUCCCACCACCCUCCCAAACCCACCCGUUCACCCCCACUCCCCACCCCUACACCCCUCCAACCCCCACACACCCCCUCCACCCCUCCACCCCCAAACCCCCACACCACCACAUCCCCAUCCCCACACCCCACCACCCUCCCACACCCACCCGUUCACCCCCACACCCCAUCCCCCACACCGACACCCCCCCACUCCACCUCUCCACCCCUACACCUCUCCACCCACCCCACCACACCCCCACCCCCACACCCCCACCCCCAGCACACCCCCCACUCCCACCCCUCCACCUCCACCCCCUCCAUCCCCCACCCCUCUACGCCCUCCACCCCCCAACCCCCCCUCCACCCCUCCACCCCCACUUCUCCCUCUCGGUUUUUACAUUGUUUUACUGUCACCAUCAAAAAGAGCGUAUCACUCAGUCUUGGACAGGUUUUCUCUCGUGAACCAAUCAAAUUACUUCGCUUGUGCCUUCUAUAUAUCCAUGACAUGUUCCAAAGGAACAGAGAGAGAAAAUGAUCGUAACCCCUGGAGUAUCAAGGAAGGUAUAUAA